UGCAGAGACUGCCUGGGUUCUGCAGGGGGGAGGAGCCUGUUAAGCACUGAUUUCCUGCCAUUGCCCCACAUGCCUUGGUUUGCCUGGCUAAACAUCUACUCCCAUUCUGCUGAGGUAACCCAGAGCUGAGGUGGCCUGACCUGCAUCUGCUGCCCAGGGCUUUGUUCUUCUCUCUGUAGGAACACUUCAAGUCAAGUCAUCGCACCCCACUGACCACUGGAACCAUGGUCCACGGGUACAAGGGAGUCCGGUUCCAAAACUGGGCAAAGACCUACGGCUGCAGCCCAGAGAUGUACUACCAGCCCACAUCAAUGGAGGAGGUCAGAGAGGUGCUAGCCCUGGCUCGGCAGCAGAACAAGAGAGUGAAGGUGGUGGGUGGUGGCCACUCCCCCUCGGACAUCGCCUGUACGGAUGGCUUCAUGAUCCACAUGGGCAAGAUGAACCGUAUUCUCCAGGUGGACCAGGAGAAGAAGCAGGUGACAGUAGAAGCGGGUGUCCUCCUGGCUGACCUGCACCCGCAGCUGGAAAAGCAUGGCCUGGCCCUGUCUAAUCUGGGAGCGGUGUCUGAUGUGACAGUUGCUGGCGUCAUUGGGUCCGGAACACAUAACACAGGAAUCAAGCACGGCAUCCUGGCCACCCAGGUGGUGGCUCUGACCCUGAUGACAGCUGAUGGAACAGUUCUGGAAUGUUCUGAGUCAAGCAAUGCAGAUGUGUUCCAGGCUGCAAGGGUGCACCUGGGCUGUCUGGGUGUCAUCCUCACCAUCACCCUGCAGUGCGUGCCACAGUUCCACCUGCAGGAGACAUCCUUUCCUUCCACCCUCAAAGAGGUCCUCGACAACCUGGACAGCCACCUGAAGAAGUCAGAGUACUUCCGUUUCCUCUGGUUUCCUCACAGUGAGAACGUCAGCAUCAUCUACCAAGACCACACCGACAAGGCCCCCUCCUCUGCGUCUAACUGGUUUUGGGACUACGCUGUCGGGUUCUACCUACUGGAGUUCUUGCUCUGGAUCAGCACCUUUGUGCCGUACCUGGUGGGCUGGAUCAACCGCUUCUUCUUCUGGCUGCUGUUCAACCGCAAGAAAGAGAGCAGCAACCUCAGCCACAAGAUCUUUACCUACGAGUGUCGCUUCAAGCAGCAUGUCCAAGACUGGGCCAUCCCCAGGGAGAAGACCAAGGAGGCCCUGUUGGAGCUCAAGGCCAUGCUGGAGGCACACCCCAAAGUGGUGGCCCACUUCCCCGUGGAGGUGCGCUUCACCCGAGGUGAUGAGAUCCUGCUGAGCCCCUGCUUCCAGAGGGACAGCUGCUACAUGAACAUCAUCAUGUACAGGCCCUACGGCAAGGACGUGCCUAGGCUGGACUACUGGGUAGCCUAUGAGACCAUCAUGAAGAAGUUUGGAGGCAGGCCCCACUGGGCAAAGGCCCACAAUUGCACCAGGAAGGACUUUGAGAAAAUGUACCCUGCCUUUCGCAAGUUCUGUGACAUCCGGGAGAGGCUGGACCCCACUGGAAUGUUCUUAAAUUCGUACCUGGAGAAGGUGUUUUACUGAAGCCGAAAGUGGAAGCAAGCCACCCUGCCCUCUCACAUUUCUGCUGCCUCGGUGGGGUGGGGGGU